UCCAUACUGAUAACCCUAUAUCUGAGUUACCAAAGGUUGACAUUGAGACUAGUUCCAAGAUAAGUAAUAGAAUCAAUAUUAACGAAACUAACGAGGAUAAUAUGAUAGAUACAUCAAUAAAAUCCAAUAUAUUACAGAUUAUACCUAUCCAAGUGGAUAUUGGAAGACAAAUAAGAGACACUCUCCCUAUUGACCG